AUGAGCUCGUUGAUGCAACUCAAGGCGCAGAACGAGAGUCGACUAGCGGAAGAGAAGCAGCUGAUUGAUCGCCGGCGCAACGUUCUGGUGAUGAUGCUGCAGCACUGCACGGAGAACGGGUAUCUACAGACGGCCGAGAAGCUCCAGCAAGAGGCGGGCGUCGCCCUCUCCAAGUUUGAAGUCGUCGAGAACCUCGACUUGCUGCGUAUCGUACAAGAGUACGAAGACUUCCAGGAGAUCAAGUUCGGCAAACGCCCCAAACUGGUUCGUCGGUUGUCGCCCGAUGGGCAGGACAGAGCUCGGUCUGCGAACGACAAGAAGGCCACAGCAGCGGCCAAGAGAGCUCGCCGCAACGACUACACGUCUCCGCACAUGCCGACAGAGGCUCGAGUCGAGAACAAUGUUGCUAUGCGGACGAUCCACAACAACGCUAGCCACGCAGCAACACAAGCUGUAUCUGCUAGAUCGAGUAAGGAUGCGAGUCCACCGCCAGAAGAUGACUCGGCAGUAGACCUCGGACUCGUCGGUCAGAAGCCGGCCCAAGCACAGGCUCGGAAUGGUAAGGCCGGCGUCGCCAAGAAAGCUCAACCAGCAGAUGGCCAACAGCAGGAAGAGAGCAUCGAAGAGCGCCUUCUAAAGCCACUGCCGUCAUUUGCUCACGACUUGGAGCUUCGACCUCUGGCGGAGACCAUCACGCGCGAGAUCUUCCAGAAGAACCCCGACGUCCGAUGGGACGACGUCAUCGGCCUGCACGAGACCAAGCGCUUGCUGAAAGAAGCAAUCGUGAUGCCGCUCAAGUACCCGCAGCUCUUCCAAGGGCUACUCUCUCCAUGGACCGGCAUCUUGCUCUUUGGCCCACCCGGAAACGGCAAGACGAUGCUGGCCAAGGCCGUCGCGACGGAAUGCCGCACCACCUUCUUCAACAUCUCGGCUUCGUCCAUUGUGAGCAAGUACCGCGGCGACUCGGAGAAGCUCAUCCGCAUGCUGUUCGAGCUGGCGCGGCACCAUGCACCAUCCACGAUCUUCCUGGACGAGAUCGACUCCAUCAUGGGCCAGCGCGACAGCGGCGGCGGCGGCCAGGAGCACGAGGCCAGUCGCCGCAUGAAGACUGAGCUGCUGAUCCAGAUGGACGGCCUGGCCAAGACUGACGACGUCGUGUUCGUGCUAGCGGCCAGCAACCUGCCGUGGGAUCUGGACGCGGCCAUGCUGCGGCGGCUCGAGAAGCGCGUGCUCGUGGAUCUGCCGUCGGCCGACGCGCGCCAGGCGCUCUUCGCCUCGUUGCUGGAGCCCUACACGCCCAGCGACUUCGACUUCAACGAGGCCGUCCAGCUGACCGACGGCUACUCUGGAGCGGACAUUAAGCUGGUGGCGAAAGAGGCCUGCAUGGCUCCAGUGCGCCGUCUCAUGGACAAGCUCGAGACCUCGGUCGCCCUGCCCGCUGCCGGCAGCUGCAACCAGGGCCGAGACGCGUCUCCGGCGGAUUGGAGAGAGAUGCUGGGCCACGUGCAGCCCGAGGACGUGCUGGCCGCGCUGCAGAAGACCAAGCCGUCGGCGCAGCAGCUGCUGCGCAGGUAUCAGCAGUGGCAGGCCCGGUUCGGCUCCAUGUAG